CCAUCCCUUCUCAGUUCUCUCAGCUCCGACCUGAGCUGAAACCUCGUCUCUCCCGAUCCGUCUUCUCCGACGGAAAAAUGGAGAAGUUCAAAACCCUGGAAAUCAUCCAAACAAGCCCCGACUCCUCCGUCUUCCACCUCCGCCUCAACCGACCUUCCUCCCGCAACGCCCUCUCCCUCGACUCCUUCGCCGAGCUCCCCCUCGCCCUCUCCUCCCUCGACCGCAACCCCGACGCCCUCGUCGUCGUCCUCUCCGGCGCCGGCGACCACUUCUGCUCCGGCAUCGACCUCGCGGCCCUCCGCUCCAUCUCCUCCCGCUCCCUCUCCGGCGCCGACCGCGGCCGUGCCGGGGAGCGGCUCCGCCGGGAGAUCAAGUCCAUGCAGGACGCGAUCACGGCCAUCGAGCGGUGCCGUAAGCCGGUGAUCGCCGCCGUCCACGGGGCGUGCGUCGGGGGCGGCGUCGACAUCGUCACGGCGUGCGACGUGAGGUAUUGCACGGGGGACGCGUUCUUCUCGGUGAAGGAGGUCGACUUGGCGAUAACCGCCGACCUCGGGACGUUGCAGAGGCUGCCGAGCAUCGUGGGGUAUGGGAACGCGAUGGAGCUGGCCUUGACGGGUCGGAGGAUGUCGGGUUCGGAGGCGAAGGAGAUGGGACUGGUUUCUGGGGUUUUCGGGUCGAAGCGGGAAUUGGAUGAUGGAGUGAGACUCGUCGCCGAGGCGAUUGCUUCCAAGUCCCCUAUGGCUAUUACUGGGACCAAAGACGUGCUACAAACGAGCAGGGACAUGAGUGUAGAUCAAGGGCUGGACUACGUUGCCACCUGGAACUCCGCAAUGCUUCUGUCCGAUGACCUGACAGAGGCCGUCUCGGCGCACCUGCAGAAACGGAAACCUAUUUUUGCGAAGCUCUGAUGGUUGCAUCAGCAUCGAAGCAGAAGAACCAAUUCAACGCUUUCACACGCAAAGGAGUGCAGAAAGAAAGAAGGGCAAAGCCGAUUCUGGGCCAGCUUCCGGUAUUGUUCGAAAUGCUGUUGUCCUUGUAACUUGGACUUUUCGUUUAAAAGAUUCAAAGCUGCCAAUAAUCCACUCGUCUCGAUCGGAUGAAGUUCCAAAAAUUUAAAUUAACUCCGUCUUAUCACAAGACAGAAUUAUUUUGUUGUUGUUGUUGUUGUUGUUGUUUUGUUCAACAAAGCUAAGCGACAUUGUUAUGUAUACGAUGGGCAGUACUUUCAUCUGUACCCUGUAAAAAUGACUUUGGAUAAAUCGUUGCCAACCUU